AAUGUUACGGCCCUUGUGUUCUUGGUCGCCCUUUCCGAAUAUGAUCAGAUGCUUUACGAAGAUGAAUCUGUGAAUCGAAUGCAGGAGACUACUCGAGAAACUCCAUAUAGGGGUAUAUGCUGCUCGGCCGACACUCAGCAAAUCAAAUCUCCGUUCGCCGUCGACCUAGGCUCACAAGAAUCUUUACGAACCGCCUUGGAACGCCUGGUGCCCUUUUUCCGAGACUCAGGAGGGCAUGUUAUUUGGGAACGAGAACGAUCGGAAGAAAAAGCUCUAGAAAGGAACA